CGCUGCAAGCGGCUGGUUCAAAUGGUAAAAUUGCAAUUUAAUUUGGCGAUCACAUUGCGAGACCGACCACAAGAAAGCAUACCAGGCACAGCUAGUUGUUGUGAAGAUUCAGAAUUUUCCCAGAAAUUUGCCAUACCGAAACUAUGUCGGCGGCCAAAGAUAUUUAUUAUUCUGACAAGUAUUUCGAUGAAACGUUUGAGUAUAGGCAUGUCAUGCUGCCCAAGUCGAUAGCCAAGAUGGUCCGUAAGGGUCACCUGAUGACUGAAUCAGAAUGGCGGGGUAUUGGAGUACAACAGAGCCAAGGAUGGGUGCACUACAUGGCCCACGAACCAGAGCCUCACAUUCUCCUCUUCAGAAGACCUCAUCACAAACCCCUGUCAGAGGUUCAGAAUAUGGUGCAAUCAUAACAGGCUAUCUGGAGCGAGCCCUCUUCCGCCCCC